AUGAGCGGAUUCUAUUUUGGCGAUUCAGACGGGUCAGAUAACGACUUGAACGAUGACAAUCUUCCCUUUCCCAAGCCAAUAUCAAGAGAAUCCUUUCUGUCACCCGAUUUUGAUCCCGCCGCUUUCCUGUCCUCUCUCUCCAAUCGCCAUCAGUCGUUGGCCGAUUUACAGAAUGAGCUUCGAGAGCUGAGCGAAUCCCUGAACAAGGAGCUUCUCGACCUUGUGAAUGAAAACUAUCAAGAAUUUUUAUCCCUUGGAGCUGCUUUAAAGGGUGGGCAAGACAAAGUUGAGGAGGUUAGAGCCGGCCUACUCGGGUUUCAACGCAAUGUGCAAGGUAUAAAAGAGCAGUUUGAGUCUAGGAAGAAGGAAAUCCGGGAGUCCCUUGACGAAAAGAAACAGCUACGGUCGAAGAUUGCGGUUGGCUAUGACCUGCUGGAUAUUGCUGAACGGGUUGAGUUGCUUGAGACAAAUCUCAUGAUCCGCCCUGGAAACGAUACAAAAGCAAAUGAGAAUGGAGAGCAGACGGAAGACGACGAGAGCGAUGGCCUUUCGGAUGUUAUGAUAGGCUGUGAGACAGAUGAUAGUGAAGAAGACGGGGAAGAGGAGGGAAAUGAGGACGGAAGCAAGGCGAGAAUAUCCCUCCGAAGGCUGGAAGCUCAUAUACAUCAAUAUCUCAGUGUGAAGGUAAUGGUGAAGCGAGUCGGAGAGAAACACCCAUUCAUCGUCAACCAUGCUAGUAGGAUCGAUGCCAUCAAGUCGGCUCUACUGCUUGACCUAAGCACAGCGCUGACAGAAUCGAAUAAACUUGGAUCCAAGCGAGACAGCCGCAUAUCUACAAUAUUACGGCUAUACGACUCGAUUGGACAUCAUGAAGAGGGACAGCAAUGUUUACAAAGGCUCAGAAAUUAG